GUGAAGUGGAGGUACAGCAAGAGGGAGAGUCAAAGAGGGUGGAACUGACAGAAGGGGGGUGAAGUUGUCAGGGAAAAGGAAAUGAACUAGUAAGCAAGAUAGUGCCUGCAACACAGAGAACAGCUGACAUUAGAAGAAGACAGACAUGGCUGGAGACAAACUGGAGGAGAGAGCAGGGAGCGAGUGAAGAAAACAACAAGAGACCAGCAGCCAACCUUGGCCACCUUAUCUUUCCCAUCUAUAUGCGGAAAUCGCUGGAUAAUUUAUAAGCCUCUCCCACUUGCUCUGUGUUAUUGUGUGUGUCAGAGAGAGAGGGGGGGAUUUGCUGAGCUCACCACCACCAUGCUGUGUCCUGCUGCUGUCAGUGCAGCUGCUGUCUGGCUGCUGGCAGUGCUGGGCCCGGGCCUGUCUCUUUCAGCUGAGGACAAUGCAGAGCAGGGUUUCACCCUUUGCAGCGACUGCUUCUACAGACAGACACCUCCUCUGGGAGCCUCUGCGGGGCCGCUGCUGCACCCAGUCUGCCACAGACUGCCCAGGGGACAAGCGUUCGCCACUCUGUCCAAACCAGCCUGUGACACAGCUGUCUACUCUGCCUUCCAUCUCAGGCACGGAUGGACAGAGGAAGAGGAGGGCGAAGAGCUCCUGUCAGAAGAGGAAAACAACAUUAAAGCAGCAGCACCAAUUCUCCUCAGAGGAGGAGGGGAUCCAUCUCAUCCCGUCUCACCCUCAGACUCCCCUCUGCAACACUGGGACUCAACGGUCACAACACUGGUUCAGUCAAGCAUCAGUCCUCUGUGCAGCACUUUAGAGGGAGAUCUCUACAUCCUGACCGGGGCGGGGGGUCUCAGGGCGGCUGAAGAUGGAGAUGAGGAGUGUCAGAUGGGGCCACUGUGGUCUGCAGUGUGCUGCGCUGUCCCAGAGGGGAAGGGUGGCUUCAGCGUGGGGUUAAUCAGAGAGACAGAAGGAGGGGACAGACAAGUGAGCAUGAAGGAGCUGGAGGAGAUGCUGGGAGUGGAAGAAAUGUUCUCUGAAGGCUGUGGAGGAGCAUAUGUGGAGACUGCUGGAAUUCUUGUGGGUCUUCUGGGUGAGGGGAAUCCUGAAAAUGUAGAGAAGAUGGAUGUAGAUGCUCCUGGCGAAGAGACGGGAGACACAGAUGUGGAUUCAGACACAGCUGGUCCAGACACUGAAGGGGAGACUUAUCCUCAAGACACUGAAGCUGAGACAAAUGGACAAAACACUGAAACUGAGACGAAUGGACAAAACACUGAAACUGAGACAAAUGGACAAGACACUGAAACUGCGACAAAUGGAAGAGACACUGAAACUGGGACAAAUGGACAAUAUACUGAAGCUGAGACAAAUGGACAAGACACUGAAGCUGAGAAUAAUCCAGUUGUUCAGGCAGAGGAAGCUGGUGAAGUUGCACAGGAAACCUCAGCAGAUGCAGUGGAAUCAGCGAGCAGCAGGGAAGAGCACGGUGAUGUGAGGCGUUCAGGAGCUGUCACAUCAGAGUCUCCUGAGUCUUCAGCAGACCAUGAGACUGUGGACGAUCAGGAGACAGACACAAAUUCCACCAGCACUCUGGUCUACAUCCUCUCCACCACCAUGUCCAUUAUCAAAGCUCCGCUGUACCCUGUUAUCUCCACAGUCACAAAGUUACCUGGACAGGUGACCUAUGUUCUUCAGGAGGACCUCGGGGUUCUCUCUGCGUUGCCCGGAGACACCUUCUCCCUGCUCCACCUUGUGACCUCUGACCUCUUGUCCUGGAUGGGCUCGGCUGCCGAUCUGCUGCUCGGUGUUGGGGGAACUUGUGUCUACAGUGUCUACUGCUGCGCGUCAUCCAUGCUGGGAGCCCUGUACUGUCACUGCCACACUGGCGUCACAGGCAUGGGGACCCUGGCCGGGGACACGGUGGGGGUAGUUGGCGACGUGGUGGAUAAUGCUUGGUGGGUGACUAAGUUCUUUGGAGGGCGGCUGUGGGAGCAGAGCGAGGGUUAUGUGGGCACAGUGGCAUCAGAGAUGGGCGGUCAAGCCAAAGCUGUAGGUGGAGGGUUGGGGAGGCUGACAUGGAGAAGUGGAAACGGAGUGUUUAAUAUUUUUAGGCUGGGAGGGGGUUUCGUUAUGGGGAUUAUGGAUAUGCUCAUUGGUGCAGUGAGAGAGGGGUUUGGGCAGGAGUCAGAGUGAAGGAGGAAAGAAGAUGAGACCAUCAGGAAUAAACCUUUUCAUAAGUUUUCUUCAGGUUUGGUUUGUAAAUUUCUGCAGCACAAAAGUAAUAGUUCUUGAUGUCCUCUGAUGCCUUAGUUGUUAUAGAUGGAUUACCACAUGUGAACUGUAAACACACUGUGCACACUGUUCUUUUGGAUGUAAUUGUUCAGGACGAUUCUUGUAUGAUACUUGUUGCAUGUGUACAUUUGAAUAAAAGUAAUGGCUGGUUUGCCAGAGUAACAUACAUCAUUU